GUUGCAGUAACAGAGUGCAAGGUCAACUAGCGAGCAGAGCGCCACGGCCCCCCAGCCAGCCGAGCCCGGCGGGCUACCCCAGCCUUCAGUGCGGGGGUGCAGGGGCGGCCUCCCCAACACACAGUCCCCUCCUGGUCUCCGCACGAUCUGAGGAAGAAGGUAGCUGGCUGGGCGGGUCCCAGUGCUUUGCAGGAGGGUAGGGGGCAGGACCCGAAUCGCUGAGCUUCGGGGCGCGUCACGGGCAAACGUUCCUGAUUGGUCGGCCGCUGGCGGUCACGGACUAGGCGCUCUGGGAUUGGCGUCGCCGGAGGCCACAGCCAGAGUAACCGGACUCCGGGCGGAGGGUUGCAGACCAAGUACAAGCGGCUGGAGUCCGCGCUGGCCUAAAGGGCAGAGAGGUAGCCCGGCCGGGUCGUGCCCACCAUGCCCUACCUGCUCAUCAGCACCCAGAUCCGCAUGGAGGUGGGCCCCACCAUGGUGGGUGAUGAGCACUCGGAUCCAGAACUGAUGCAGCAUCUAGGAGCCUCAAAAAGAAGUGUCCUAGGAAACAACUUUUGUGAGUACUAUGUCAACGACCCUCCUCGAAUAGUCCUGGACAAGCUGGAACGUAGGGGCUUCCGUGUCCUGAGCAUGACAGGGGUGGGCCAGACGCUGGUGUGGUGCCUGCACAAGGAGUGACCCUCUCACAAUGAAGAGCGACUGGCACCCCUUCUUUGGAAUGGCUGCCAUGGGUGCCAACCCCAAGCCCCUGCCUCACUUACUAUCCUGCCCGUUCUUCACAAAUCGUCAUUUUCCUCCACCCAGCACCACUGGGCAAUGAAUGGCCUUCUCAGAAACCUGCCUUGGCCUGUGGGGGAGAGCAGAGCCCCUGGUCCUGGUGCCCCAGCUACCCCUCCAGCUUCAGGCCUGGUGCAGGGCCUGGAGGAGACUCUGUCCUGUGGCAGACUGAGGGGCUGGCAAGAGCCAGGCUGCCCCUGGCAGUGAGCUGGUUGUCCACCUCAUGGCAUGGCUCCAGGACUAGGCAGGUGGGUCCUGCAUAGCUAGUCCAAGCCAAUAAAAGACUGUGAUGAGUGGUUC